AUGGGUUGGACCAAUGAUGGUAACAAGAAUGAUGGUAACAAGAAUGAUGGUAACAAGAAUGAUAGUAACAAGAAUGAUGGUAACAAGAAUGAUGGUAACAAGAAUGAUGGUAACAAGAAUGAUGGUAACAAGAAUGAUGGUAACAAGAAUGAUGGUAACAAGAAUGAUGGUAACAAGAAUGAUGGUAACAAGAAUGAUGGUAACAAGAAUGAUGGUAACAAGAAUGAUGGUAACAAGAAUGAUGGUAACAAAAAUGAUGGUAACAAGAAUGAUAGUAACAAGAAUGAUGGUAACAAGAAUGAUGGUAACAAGAAUGACGUUAACAAGAAUGAUGGUAACAAGAAUGAUGGUAACAAGAAUGAUGGUAACAAGAAUGAUGGUAACAAGAAUGAUGGUAACAAGAAUGAUGGUAACAAGAAUGAUAGUAACAAGAAUGAUGGUAACAAGAAUGAUGGUAACAAGAAUGACGUUAACAAGAAUGAUGGUAACAAGAAUGAUGGUAACAAGAAUGAUGGUAACAAGAAUGAUGAGAAUAUUGAAAGUAUCGAUAUUGGUCUAAAAUUACCUAUUUCACUUGCAUCUCCUGAUUUAAAUAUAGGUUUUAUUUUAGCAGUUUUUAGUUUUUCAGGAAAUUUACCUUUCCUUAGAGAGUGUUGA